AUGGUCCACCUUGUGGAUCCCCUCAUUCUUUUUGAGGAAAAGGACGUGACAGACGCUGACCUCAAACCCAUUCUUGCGGCUUUGGCGGAGGUGGAUGAUACUGCUGUACGGAGUAUAGAUGAGCAAGCGGAAAAAAGUGCAGAGUUCGAGCUCACACACCCUACUGGCCCCUUCACCCAUGCUCACGUCGUCAACACCCAACCCUAUGCCAUAAUUGUGGUGGCAAUAAGGGAGAAGGAAAUGCGGCGCCUGCAACAAAUCAACAUGACGGGGGGUGGAGGUCCGACAUCACUUACAGUCGGACUUGGCUUGCAGUGGGCUUUCCAGUCGGGUAGAGUCGUCCAGUUUUGGACGUUCCCGUACCAGCCACUUCAACUGCCUGACAACUCGGCAUAUGUAGUGGCUUCACCCAUUUCAUCAAACGGGUGA